CCUCUUUGGAAAACUCUAAUCCCACUCAAAGUACUUACGAACAACACUUCUCGUUUUCUCUCUUUCUCCCUUUGUCUUUAGCGUCUGUAGGUAAGAAGAAAUGGGUUCUUCUUGCAAUGGGGUUUCCAUGCUUGUGCUGGUUGGUUUGGUAGUAAACUCUUUGGUAGUUGUAGCCUAUGCCGGUGACUUCUACCAGGAUUUCGACUUAACUUGGGGUGACCACAGGGCUAAGAUUUUCAAUGGUGGGAAGCUUCUGUCCUUGUCUUUGGACAGGGUUUCAGGGUCAGGUUUUCAGUCCAAGAAAGAGUAUCUGUUUGGGAGAAUUGAUAUGCAGCUCAAGCUUGUCGCUGGCAACUCUGCUGGCACAGUAACUGCGUAUUAUCUGUCUUCUCAAGGGCCAACUCAUGAUGAGAUCGACUUCGAGUUCUUGGGGAAUCUUAGUGGUGACCCCUACAUUUUGCACACCAAUGUCUACACUCAAGGCAAGGGGAACAGAGAGCAACAAUUUUUUCUCUGGUUUGACCCCACAAGAAACUUCCACACCUAUUCCAUCAUCUGGAAGCCCCAGCACAUUAUUUUCUUGGUGGAUAACAUUCCCAUUAGAGUAUUCAAGAAUGCUGAAUCAGUUGGCGUGCCCUUCCCCAAGAGCCAACCCAUGAGGAUUUACUCUAGCCUUUGGAAUGCUGAUGACUGGGCCACAAGGGGUGGAUUGGUGAAAACAGAUUGGACAAAGGCACCCUUCACAGCAUAUUACAGGAACUUCAAUGCCAAAGCUUGUACUUGGUCUGGAGGUGCUUCAUCCUGUGCCUCUACAAGCUCAGUCUCGGAUGGUGUAUGGGAGACCAAUGAGCUCGAUGCCCCUGGCAGAAGAAGACUGAGAUGGGUUCAAAAAUAUUUCAUGAUAUACAACUAUUGCACCGAUUUAAAGCGUUUCCCUCAAGGUGUUCCUCCCGAGUGUAAACGCCCAAGGUUCUGAAACAGAGUUGGAAAGAGAAGUUGUGGUGGUCAAGUCUGAGGGGGGUUUUGUAAUAUAGUUAAUGGUUGCAUAUUCUUUUAGUACUUCCUCUUAUGUAUUCAAGCUUCACUCAACUUGGUGCUUAGGGGUUAAAUAAGUUAUAUUCGUUGUUUCUGUUUCUUGUUUUGUUGGUUUUGAUCAUCUUGUGAGGUUGAAGAUGGUUGUAAAUUCUGUUUCAGUUAAUAAAAUUACCAGUUGAGUUUUGUAAAUUAA